CUGUUGUUCCCUUGCAAGGUACCCAAGAAAGGAUCUGCUGGGGAGAAUGGGAGACAGCAUAUAGAGGAGGAACCGCCCUGAGAAACACCCUUUGAGAUGUUGAAUCAAAUCUUGGCAGUUUAUUCCCACAAUCUGACGGACCCUUUGACAUGGUAGAAUGUCUUUCCAUGAAGAGCCACAAGGACGACUGUCCUUCUCCACUGAGAUGCCAUUCAGAACAAAUCUGACCACUUCAGUCAAUACAUCGGGGGAUGCUUCUUCUUCAUCGAUGGAGAAUAUGAUAGCCAUGUGUAGCAUCAGCGCAGUUCUAUCCAUCAUGUGCGUGGUUGGAGUAGCAGGGAACAUUUACACGCUAGUGGUGAUGUGCCAGUCCAUGAAAUCAGCAGCUUCCAUGUACAUCUACAUCAUCAAUUUGGCGUUGGCUGAUCUCCUCUACCUACUCACUAUACCUUUUAUUGUGGGAACCUACUUCAUCCAGGAGUGGUACUUUGGAGACAUAGGCUGCCGGAUACUCUUCAGCUUGGACUUUCUCACCAUGCAUGCUAGCAUCUUUACCCUCACCAUCAUGAGCACCGAGCGCUACUUUGCCGUUCUUAAACCUUUAGACACGGUGAAAAGGUCCAAAAGCUACAGAAAGUGCAUAGCUGUGGUUGUCUGGUUGGUGUCAUUUCUCAUAACACUUCCCAUGCUCAUCAUGAUUAAGUUGGUCCACAAAGACAACAAAAGCAUCUGCCUGUGUGCCCUGACCUUUAAAAGUUUAAAAAGAUAGCACACAGUCUACUAACCCACAGCCAAUCAGUAGGCAGCAUUUAGCAUUUGAUUGGACACUUUGGGAUAACAGGACAGACAGAGCUAAUUGUUUUUCAGAUGUGCCUCAUGGCAACAGAAUAACAGGACUGGCUCAAGAUCAGACUGGGUUUCUACUCAAUAUAAUGUCAAUUCCUGAGAGCAGAUUAUCAGGACAGGUUCCCAUAGGGCUGGAUGUUAACACUGGAACAAUUAUGUAACUUAUACAGCACUAUUUCAGCUUUUGCCAGAAAUGGGGUUGCAUAAUAGAAUAAUCUUGUGACUACCUAUUCCCUUUUUCAUCUAACACCAGCCCAGUAAGAACCUCCAACUGAUGCACUAUUUUCUAUAGAUUAAUGUGCCAAUAGAAGUCAGAGUGGCUAAAAAAUAAUGGGUAAAGCAUUCUAUUUAUUCCGGUGAGAUGGCUGUAUGGUAACCCCCGUAAGGAGCAGGUACAAAGCAGCCAAUCAGUAUUCUAACUUCAAGCACAGAGGGAAAUGGAAAAAUAUUGUCUUGGUUUCACGAGAUCAAAUUCUGUUAUUUCAAUCGCAAAAUCUCUACAGAGGGGGAGGCACAAAAUAUGAUUAAAGGAAAGCACUGUGGUGCUUUCUCACUGGCUAUCAUGCACUUUACUGAGAAUAUUGUGCUAUAAUGAGACAACAUAAAGUCUGUAUCAAUGGUAUGUAAAUCUCUAUGUCUAUCAAAUAAAUUCUGCUGCUUCUUAACCCAUUAAA